AUGGAUGACACGUCCUUUUGCGUGAAAAAAACGCUGACAUACACCGUCGACACUGUUAUGUCAACGUGGAACGUAAUUCGUAACCUACGAGAAAUUCGCGGCAAAUCUCUUCUGAAUCUGGUUAUUCCUAUUCAUCUGCUCUUAUGGCUACCACACCGCGCCGCUUCAUCUUCUGUUCCAUUCAAGAGAUCACGUUUGGACCUGUCCCCACAAUCGGAUCUCCACGAUAAUGGUUUGAUGCAGUUAUUCAGUGACGAUAGUCUGCCGUCAUACGUCAGGUUGAUUUUGGAAGUGCUACUUGAUACUAAGAAGGAGAUUGCUGAGUUAGCUCGUCAAUGUCGAGAUACAGUCGCUGAGAAUAAUAGGCUUAGAGAAGAAAAUGAGUCCUUGAAAAAUCAACUUAGUUCUUUUAUGUCUGUCAAUUCUUCUCGCCCUGCCCAAUCCAGCAUCGACGCCGGUCAAUUGGUAUCCACGAGCCCCUCGCCAGUGGCGGAUCCCGAUCUACCUCGUUCGAUAGUGAUCGCUGGAAUGAUGGAGAAUCGAUCGCCAAACUCGGUCGAUCGGGCGAAUUAUGAUUACCAUUGCACGUGUUCUAUUCUCAAUCACUUAGGUAUCGAAUGUCUUCCAUCCACGGUAUAUCGUAUGGGAGCCCCCCACCCCAACAGACCUCGAUUGCUCAAGUUCCAGAGACUGGCUGUACAGCGCGCCCCGCACCUGCGGUCCUUUUCUCAGAGGAGUAUUUUCCUUCGCCCCUCCUUAACUAAAGAAGAAAGGGAAAGCAGGCGUAAGGAGCGUAUGGCCGGCCACUCUCCACGCGGUUCUGAUCCUAUAAGUUCCUUGGUUCCUCCGAUUUUCCUCUCGGAAUCUUGGUUAUGCUCCGGUACCGAAAUGUCCUCCCUGUUAGGUGUUGCUAGUUCCCAAUUUGAUCACGUUAGGUGUGAUCGUACACGUAAAAAAGGCGGUGGGGUUCUUCUUCUUAUAAGACACUCUAUUCCGUACAAUCUUGUGUUCAAGGAAUCAGUUGCAGGCGCAUAUGAAAUCGUGGUUGUAGAUACCUAUUUUGGGUCCCAUGCAAUCCGGUUUAUAGUGAUUUAUAGGACUCCUUCCUGUAGUGUCCAGGGUUCCUCUUUGCUCCUCAAAGCCGUAAGUGACUUUUGCUCCUAUAAUGGUCCUACCCUCGUUCUCGGUGAUUUCAACCUUCCAGGUGUUUCUUGGGAUGAAGACUGGUCGGACAAGUCUUCAUCCAAGGAUUUCGUCGAGACCUUUCGAUCUCACAAGUUCACACAGUUAGUCCGCGGCCCUACCAGAGGCAAAUCUUGUCUUGACCUUGUCUUCUGCAAUUCUCCCCAAUUAGUCAACCAAACUAAAAUCUUGCCACCCAUAGGAACUAGUGAUCAUGCUACCGUUGCGCCUGCAGUUUCCGAAUUCAGAGACUUCAAAAACGCUGACAUGAAAAUCAUCGAUGACUACCUCUCUAAAAUCGAUUGGAUUGGCUCCCUUGGUUCAGUUUACUCCGUUAAUGACAAAUAUGAAAUACUUCUAGCUAUACUGAAUGACGUCAUCGACCGAUUCGUCCCCAUCGUAAAACCACAAGCGGGUUACCUCGUUUACCAUCAUCUACCUAUCUAG